GCGGUACCGAAGUCUGAAAUAGUUGACCCCCACCAGCCGGCGGGGAAAAGAAGACGAAGAAAAGGAAGAGAAAGCACAUAUUACAUUGAUAUCAGCGUGUGCAAAUUGUCGCCUCUUUUACCUCUUCCCUCAAUUUGAAGUUAAGAACCCUUUAACAUGCCGACAGAGCUAGAAGAGCUUGUCGAAUUCCUCCACCAUGGAAACACCCCGAUCAGACAGAUUGCAUGCGAAAAUCUAGUGGGCUUUUCGGUCUCACAACCAGAACUUUUCAAACGCCACCAGCUUCUCCCAGUCCGUGACCUGAAGCUUUUGGUCCGCGACUACACACCUAUCGCCAAAAAUGCGAUAACAAUACUUAUCAACCUUUCGGCCGAUGAUGAAGUCUUAGCGGCUCUUGCGGAAGACGAUGCUUUCGUCGAAACCCUCUUAGUUAAAUUGACGAAUGUCAAGGAGCCGAAUGCGGAUGAUGUCGCCAUGUUGUUCGCCAACCUCGCGAAAUCAGAAAAGAUGAAAAAAUUGCUCGCGCUGAAACGGAAGGUUCCUGAGGGGGUAUCCAGUUCUGCUAAUGCGAUCGAUCAGCUGAUGGACUGUUUCGUCAAAGGGGCCGAGGGCACCCUUAACAAAAACGCCAAUUUCGACUAUCUGUCCUAUUUGUUUGCUGAUCUCUCAAAAUAUGAGGAAGGGCGGGCCUAUUUCACUACAAAGCAAGAGUACGAUGAUGUUGUGCCAGUGACGAAACUAACCGUGUUCACGGAACACGCGAGUAGGAUCCGGAGAAAGGGAGUCGCGUCAACUAUCAAAAACGUCGCAUUUGACCUGCCUUUCCAUCCCAAACUCCUGUCUGAAGACGAGGCUGAUAUUCUUCCCUAUAUCUUGUUGCCUAUCAUGGGCCCUGAGGAAUAUGAUGACGAAGAAUCUAUGGAUAUGCUGCCAGAUCUCCAGCUGCUGCCGCCCGACAAACAAAGAGACAGCGACACUAGUAUCAUUGUGACACACCUUGAGACUUUGCUGCUGCUCACCACGACGCGUGAGGGACGGGAUAAGAUGAGGGCCAUCAAAGUAUAUCCUAUAAUCCGAGAAUGUCACCUCCAUGUUGAUGACGACGCUGUUCGGGAAGCCUGCGAUAGGCUAGUUCAGGUUUUGAUGCGGGAUGAAGAGGGCGAAGAAAAGCCGCAUCCCCCUAUCGACAGGAAUGUAUAUGAUGAUGACCAAAAGGUUGAGGAGCUAUUCUAAGGAUCUGCAUGCAAAAGGUGCGCAUGUGUUGUGAGGCAUUUGGGAGCCCGUACCAAUAGACGAGCCUAGUGGCCUUUCUACAUACAAAACAUCU